ACCACCGAUUUUGGAAAUGGAAAGUCAUUUUAGGUGUUAUAUGUGCAAUAUUGGGAGGAUUCAUGAUAUGCAUCAUAAUUUUUUAUUUUCGAUACAAGUCAUUAACUCCACUGGUAAAUCUUUGUUGGACUACAAAGAGUGACCUAAAUAUUGAAGAAUUCUUGAAAGAUCACGGAUCUGUAGCAUUGAAAAGAUACACAUUUUCAGAAGUGAAGAAAAUGACUAAUUCCUUCAAAGUUAAACUUGGUCAAGGUGGAUUUGGUGCAGUAUACAAAGGAAAACUACCAACCGGAUGCCCUGUGGCUGUAAAAUUAUUAAACGUGUCUAAAAGAAAUGGUGAAGAGUUCAUCAAUGAGGUUGCUAGCAUCAGUAGAACCUCUCAUGUUAAUAUUGUCACACUUCAAGGAUUUUGUUUGGAAGGUCGAAGGAAAGCUCUCAUUUAUGAGUUCAUGGCUAAUGGUUCCUUAGACAAGUUAAUCUACAACAGCGGGCCAGAAUCCAUUGCAUCAUUGAGUUGGGAGAAUUUGUAUCAGAUCUCAAUAGGGAUAGCUCGAGGGUUGGAGUACUUGCAUAGGGGAUGUAAUACUCGAAUUUUACAUUUUGACAUAAAACCACAUAAUAUUCUUUUGGAUGAGAAUUUUUGUCCUAAGAUAUCAGAUUUUGGGCUAGCAAAACUUUGUCCCAGGAAAGAAAGCAUUAUUUCCUUGUCAGAUACUAGAGGAACAAUGGGAUAUGUGGCUCCAGAAAUGUGCAAUAGACAUUUUGGUGGAGUUUCCCAUAAGUCUGAUGUUUACAGCUAUGGGAUGAUGUUGCUAGAAAUGGUAGGAGGGAGGAAGAACAUUAAUGCUGAAGCUAGUCACACAAGUGAGAUAUACUUCCCAUAUCUGGUAUAUAGGAGGCUUGAGGAAGACAACAAUGUAAGACCAGAUCAAGUGAUGACCAUAGAAGAAAAUGAGAUUGUUAGGAGAAUGACCAUAGUGGGAUUAUGGUGUAUUCAAACGUUUCCCAAUGAUAGACCUACAAUGAGUGGAGUGGUGGAAAUGUUGGAAGGCAACAUCAAUUCUUUGGAAAUGCCACCAAAACCUUUGUUUUCUUCUCCUGCUAGAUCAGUUUCAUGCUCUUUCUCUGGAAUUUGAUUUUAUUGUAUUUUGGUAAAGUUUUUCUAGAUUCAUUGUAAAAUGGAUCAUUAAACAUAUAUCUCUAGUUAUUUUUAGUCAUUCUCGAAAGCAAAUGCAUCUUGUAUCUAUGUGUUAAUCUUCCACCAUAUUGAUUGCAAAACUAGAUCAACUGUGUAUGAU